AUGGCAGACGUCAACAUAUACGACAUCAGCGCCCACCACUACAUUGGGGCGCUCACCGUGCUCGUCGACAUACUCAAAAAGGCGGCGCAGCAGCCCGACGCUUCCACCUUUCCAGACGCCACCCUGAUUGCCGACAUGAAGCCGCUGACCUUUCACGUGCAGUCCGUGACCAAGACGGUCAGCCGCUCGCUGUCGCGGCUGUUGGAGACGGAGGUCCAGGCGUGGGAGGACACGGAGACGACCAUGGAGGAGCUUAUCCAGCGCGCCGAGGCGUGCCUUGCCAUGCUGAGGGGUCUUGAUCCGGCGACGUUUGUUGGCAAGGAGAAGACGGUCAUUUCCCUACCCGCGGGCGAGUUUGUGGGAAAGCAAUUUAUUCUGGGUUUCGGGGUGCCCAAUAUUUACUUUCACCUCAAUAUGGUGUACGCCAUCCUACGGAUGAAGGGCGUGCCGCUAGGAAAAGCGGAUUACCUCUCGCCGUGGCACCGACCUGAAGCAUGA